AUCGGAUAAUUCAGAAUGGCUGAACAAUCCGAGGUAUUGAACGACCCAGAAUGUAUUUUCGAAGUGAAGGAGCAAAUCGGCAAAGGGUCUUAUGGAUCUGUUGUACGCGCUACACACAGACAAUCCGGAAGAGUGGUAGCGAUAAAAAUCAUUCCUAUAGAAUCUGAAACUGAUAUUUUCAUAAAAGAGACUCAGCUAAUGAAAAAAUGUAAUUCUGAAUUUAUAGUAAAAUAUUUCGGAAGUUAUGUGAAAAAUGUUGAUCUCUGGAUUAUAAUGGAGUAUUGUGGAGCAGGGUCAAUGAGUGACUUGAUGAAGAAGGGGCAAUAUGUAAUCUACGAAGAGGAAAUCAGAUUUAUCAUGGCUCAAAUUCUGUUGGGCCUGGCUCAUCUGCACAGCUUAAACAUGAUUCACAGAGAUAUCAAGGCAGGCAACAUUUUGUUAACUGACGAGGGAGUUGCCAAGUUGGCGGACUUCGGAGUGUCCAUUCAGCUCGACAACUCGUCAGCGAAGCGAAAAACCUUUAUCGGCACUCCCUUUUGGAUGGCUCCAGAGGUCAUCAAAGAAGAGGAAUACAAUUCUCUGGCGGAUAUUUGGUCUCUCGGCAUCACUGCGAUCGAGCUGGCGGAUGGCGUUCCUCCCUACUCUACGAUGCAUCCCAUGCGUGCGAUUUUCCUCAUUCCGAACCGUCCAGCGCCGCGUCUUCGCAACGAGCAGAAAUGGACGCACGAGUUUGUGGAUUUCGUGGCCAGCUGUCUGGUGAAGGACCCGAAGAAGCGUCCCUCCGCGAAGGAAUUGCUGAAGCACCCCUUCGUCGCCGAUCUGGUGCCCAAGCUGCAGAACAACACGGCCGACUUCACCAUCAUGAAGGACAUGAUUAAGCGGCUCCGCGAGAAGCAGAGCACCUCCAAGGUCACUGGACCCAACGUCCUCAGGCCUCUCCAGCCCCUCCAGCCUGUGCAGGCUGUGCAGUCCGCGCAGCCCGCGCAACCUGCGCAGUCCGCUCAUCUCGCAUCGCCUGCACAGCCUGCACAGCCUGCACAGCCUGCACAGCCUGCAGCGCCUACCCAAUCCUCGCAGCCCUCGCAGCCUACCCAGCCCUCGAGGACCAAGCAGGUUCUCUCGACUUCCUCGGCCACUCCCUCGACUCCGUCUUCGCAGACUCCUCGAGCGGUCAUCCAAGUCACGCAAGCCACGCCUACCUCGCCCAAACUCGCUCCUGCGCCGCUCGUGCGUCCCGGCUCGCCCAACCCCAACGCUCGCUCCUCCCUCUUCAAAUCGGCCAACAGCGUGGUUCCUUCCUCGCUCCCCGACCUCUCCCCAGGGGGCCAGGCGAAGCCCGCGAUGCACAGCCCUCCCCUCAAGCCCCACACGCUCGCCUCCACCUCAGGAAACGCAUCGAUCGUCUCGAACGCCUCGGGCAGCCAGACCCCCAAGCAGUGGCCGCAGAGCUCCACGCCUCGACUGAGCUCCAACCCGGGCGCCGAGCGAACCUCCCCGUCGAUCGCGUCCCCGCGCGGGUCGCUGAGUCCCCCGCGGAGCAUGCCGGGCAUGGGCGAUAACAUGUCGGCGACGGGAACGAUGGUGGUGCUGGAGAAAAGCGAGGAGUCCGUGAGGAGUAGGGAGGUGCCCAAGAAGAUCUCGCUCAUUCCCGUGCAGGGAACGGAGAUGGAUCGAAGCGUGCCUUCGGUUAAGUCUGCACAGCCGCAGCAUGCUGUGAAUCGGAGCAGUCUGCCGACGCUCUUGACGUCCAGCUCGAUGGGUCGAUGUAAGAACGAAGCGCAUAUUUUUGAGACAAAGCACAACCCCAACCUCGCGCAGGAUUCAAUCUGGACGGGAUGUCUGAAUGAACGAGAUGCUACAAAGCCAGUAUUAGAGAUUCUAGGUGUGUACCCAGGAGUGGAUACUAUCGACAUUUGGUUAUCGCUUGAUCAGGAAGGAAUGGUUGACUGUGUUGCCGUGGAAACUACUGAUCCCGUCCCGGAUAAGAAUGCUUUCAGGGAGUUGGUUAAAGCGAAUGGGAACAACACCUAUGUAACUAUUAAGGAAUUGAAGACGGAACAUGACUAUCAUGUUUAUUGCUAUGCCGAAAACGCGUAUGAGAUGAGUCCUGAACAGCCAAUCUCAUCAACUCUACAAGUUACAAAAACCUUUGCUUUAGGUAAUGCUCCUGUGCUUUUGAUCGGAGACCUGGCUCCUGACCGAGAGGGUGUUGUUUUGGACGUUGUGUCUACUGAUCCUGGAACUGUGUAUUGCAUGGUCUUACCUCUCGAGGAGGAAGGAAUGUGCAAGUACAGAGUCCGAAAUGAGGGAAAGGAGGUUCCUGUGGCCUCGUACGAGACCAAAGAAUUGAGCACCAGCGGUCUGACUCCUGCUACUCAGUACGCCGUGUAUUGCACUGCUGAGUCGACGAGCAAUGUUCCCAUGCGUUCCGAUGUCGAGAAGGUGUCGAGACAUUUUACUACUCUGGAGCCCAAAGAAUCUCCCCUUGUAUUCACCCUUCGAAUCCUGGCUACCGUGUUCUGCGUCUGCAUGUCCGGUAUUUUCAGCGGACUGAACCUGGGUUUGAUGGGUCUGGAUCUGAUCUCGCUUCGAAUGGUCGCUGAUACCAACAUCGAAGAAAUCGGAGGAGAUAACGUGGAUCCCAAGGAGCUCGAGGACCUAAAGCGAGACAAGCGCAACGCACAGCUGAUUUAUCCCAUCCGAAAGAAGGGAAACUUGCUGCUGUGCACCCUUCUGAUCGGAAACGUCAUGGUGAACUCCAUCAUUUCCAUUCUCACCGCUGAUAUGACCACUGGAUUCAUCGGUUUCCUGAUCUCCACCUGUUUGAUCACUGCGUUCGGAGAGAUCAUCCCACAGGCCUACGGAUCGCGCCACGCUCUGGAGAUCGGAGCGAUGUCCGCGACGCUGGUCCGCAUCAUCAUCGGCAUCCUGUGGAUUAUCUGCAAGCCCGUGUCCAUGCUGCUGGAUUACUUCCUGGGCGAUGAGCUGGGCGCGGUGUACAACCGAUACCAGCUCUACACGAUGUUUGAGCUCUACAAAGAGCAUAGCACCUUCCGCAAGGACACGAUCAGUACCAUGCAGGGAGCUCUGGUGAUGGACACCAAGUCAAUUCUGGAUCACAUGCAUCCGCUGGAUACGGUGUACAUGAUCCCCGAUACGACCAUGCUGGACUACUCGACCUGUCUGGACAUCUUCCGACGCGGCUACAGCCGAAUCCCCGUGUUCCACGACGAUCGUCAGAACAUUGUGGGCGUGCUGCACGUGAAGGAGCUGAUCAUGAUCGACCCCAACCAGUGCGUGAGCGUGCAGUCGAUCCUCAAGCUCUUCCCCAGCAGCAUUCUGGUCAUCAAUUCGAACCGCACCGUCAGCGACUCCAUUCGCGACAUGGUCAACUCGCACACCGAGCUGGCGUUCGUGUCGCGCACGAUCGAGAACAAGGACAUCGACAACACCAUGGAGAUCGCCGGUAUCAUCACUCUGGAGGACUGCAUCAAGGCCGUCAUGCGGCUUGAGCUGGUCGACGAGACCUCGCUCAUGGAGGCUCGCAACGCCUCCGGCUCGCUCAUGAGCGUGUUCAACAACCUCACUCUGAACAGUCUGGACUCCACGACGCUGGACAUCCUGGGCUGCUUCAUCAACCAGGCGCUGGGCAACCAGGGCUACCAUCUCCCCGAGGACGUGAUCCGCAAUCUGAUCCGCGAGGGAACGAUCAGCAAGGUGACCACGAGCGACCCGCCGCUGUACGAGGUGGGCAAGCCGUGCGACUUCGCGACGAUCAUCAUGCAGGGCGUGUUCACGAUGGUGGUGGGAGAGGACCGCAUGGUGACGGAGAAGCCCAUCUUCUCGGUGAUCAACCUGUCGAGUCUUUUGGAGGAUAGCUUCAUGUAG